AUGAGUAACACAGGAGCAACGGGAGCGUCAUCGUCAAAAUCGAAAGCUGCGGGAACUUCUCAGCCGCAGGAAAAGCGUAAAACGUUCUUUCAGAAAGAAUUGCAGCAUAUGAUGUAUGGUUUUGGCGACGAGCAAAACCCGCUUCCAGAGACUGUGGCGCUUGUAGAAGACAUUGUUGUGGAAUACGUCACUGAUUUGACACAUAAGGCUCAAGAAAUUGGCACAAAGCGAGGAAGACUAGUAGUUGAUGACUUCUUGUAUCUAAUCCGCAAGGAUUUGCCAAAACUAAACCGGUGUAGAGAACUCUUGGCAAUGCAAGAAGAGCUGAAACAAGCUCGUAAAGCUUUCGAUGUGGAUGAAGAUCUGAAGCAAACACUUGGCAAUAAUGAUUGA